CGGCGACUGCUGAUGAUGAAGAAGCGGGAAGGCCGGGCCUUUGGGGCUGAGGGAGACGCGACGCGAGGCCGGCAUGAGGAGAUUAAACAGCUUAUUUGCUAGUCUCUUGAAAACGAAAUACUUUGGAACGAGGACAUCAAAUGCAUCAUUUCCAGCAGACUGUAUGCUUUGGGGCCAAUCUCUUAAUCAACUGCCUGGACAUCUUGCAGUAGCUCAGAGAAAAAGUUUCUUGACCAUGCCGGAGAUGCUUGACAAGAAAGUUGACCUUGAGCUGAACUCGCCUCAUCCCAGAGUACGUGGCAUGACCACCCUUGACAGAACUGCUUUCAAGAAGGAUGUUGUCAUCCCAGCUCUUAAAGUUAACAAAGACAUCAUCAACAAACUGGUGAAGUCUCUUAAAGAGGUGCUGCUGAAACGUCCAGGUCUCAAGAGAGUUGUGGAAGACCCCGAAGAUGAAGGCAGAAGGUUCAUUUUGUUAGAUCCUCAUAAAAUACCUGCUGACGGUUCCCUGGGCGAAUCUGAACAACAGAUCUUAAAGAGUUUUAACAUUAACCCUACCAUAGUCAAGUACAACCAGGAACUGACUUACGAUCAUUUCAAGGUGGAAGAAAUUUUGCAAGCGGUGCUUCCUGAAGGUCAGGAAGUGACCACUGCAUUUAGCAGAAUUGGCCAUAUAGCUCACUUGAACCUGAGAGACCAUCAGCUGCCUUACAAAAAAUUAAUUGGCCAAGUUAUCAUCGACAAGAAUCAAGGACUUACAUGUGCUGUAAAUAAAAUCAAUACCAUCGAUAGUGCUUAUCGAAACUUUCAGAUGGAAGUGCUAGCUGGAGAUGAAGCUAAUAUGAUAACCAAGGUUAAGGAACACUACUACUCAUAUGAAUUCGAUUUUUCCAAAGUCUACUGGAACCCCCGCCUCUGCACAGAACACAUGCGCAUCGUGGACCUCUUGAAGCCGGGCGACCUUCUCUUCGAUGUCUUUGCAGGGGUGGGGCCUUUUGCAAUCCCUGCAGCGAAGAAGAACUGUGUGGUGUUUGCAAACGACCUCAACCCGGAAUCCCACAAGUGGCUGCAGCACAACUGUAAAUUAAACAAAGUGGACCAAAAAGUCAAGGUCUUCAACAUGGACGGCAGGGAAUUCCUGGAGGGGCCGGUGAAGGAAGAACUCGCCAAGCAGCUCUCUUUGGGGGAGCGGAAGAGCUCCCUGCAUAUCGUCAUGAACUUGCCGGCCAUGGCCAUUGAAUUCCUGGAUGCCUUCAGGCAUCUCUUGGAUGGAGAGCCGGGCAGCACUGGCCUUCCCACCGUGCAUUGCCACUGCUUUUCCAAGAAUGACGACCCUGCGCAAGAUAUUCAGGCAAGAGUUGAAGCUUGCUUGGGAACGUCGCUAGAGGGCCUCUGUUCCAUCGAACUAGUGAGGAAAGUGGCACCCAAUAAGGAUAUGAUGUGCAUUAGCUUCCAGCUCCCAGCCAAGCUGUUGUACAAGUCGUCGUCUUCUCUGGCAGGUGCAGAUGAUCCACAGGAGCCAGCAUUGAAACGCCUGCGCCCAAAUGAAGACUCUCCAGAAGAAAAAAUGAAUCAGAUGGUCUAGGAGGCUUUGUGGAUACCAUUACUGAAACGAUGAUUAAACUGAACUUUUAACUCUGUCUUUCAAGGUGGGCAAAAGUGGACUGUUCAUCAGGGCUUAUAUGAGCAGCCGUCUCCUAUCCACCACUGAAAACUGUAUUACAGCUGUUGCAUUGAUAUGCCGAUUAUGCAUUGAUCAUCAUUUGGUUCUUUUUGAUUCCACAAUAGUUGGAUGGAUGGGGACCAUUCUUUUAUUCGAAAGAAUAUUAAAUUCGUAUUUUCCAGUAGCAUCUAUUGUUCCUGUUGUGUGCAGUCAUUUACUAGUCAAUGAGAAACUGGUCCAAUUAAAGGAAUCAGGUGAAAAGAUCUCUUUUCUUGACAAUAUCCACUCCAUGUUGUUGAUGCUUUGUCGGGGCUUGUUGGUUUUUUACAAUUUUGGCCAGAUCAGUCUCCAGCAGUGGGCAUGUUGAUAAGGUGGAACCCAAAGGAGAAGAAAGUGCUUAUGUAUUGGAGUGUUUGGGCUGAGUUCUUAGAGAAAGCCUGUAAUUGUUAUUCCUAUCUUUGUGCCCUAGACACAGCCCCUUUUAAGCCCUGUUCUGACACUAAUGGCAUUAUGGGUGGCUUUGAGAGGGCAGAGCAAGACUGCUGAGCCCGCCCCCAUUUGCAACCCAGGGCUUUUAUGGCUCACUCUGUUCUCUUCUUCAAUUCCACCUCUCAGCAGAAGGACCCAGGGAAUGAGGAGAGGCUCUCUUGUAAUCCAUCCAGAGAAUUUUGUUAUUGGGUAAAAUACAAAUAUUGUGCAUCAGAUAAAUGAGUAACUGUGUGAAAGAGCUUAGGGACUCCUUCAGGGAAUAGCCGUAGGCAUUUUCUAUAUCUGUUGUGCCCACAUUGUACAUACAAAUAUAUGGGAGAAAG